AUGGCGACACGGCUGCUUCUCCUCGUCGGGCUCCUACGCACUGCAGUGCUUGCCUCCUCGCCAGAUGUCGCCCUCGCCGCCCGCGCAUUUGACUGCUCUCCAGGAUCGGCAACAGGACUUAAGCCGGAAUGCUGGGCCCAGCUGAACGUGUCAGACUACAUCACGAAAUGGCUGGCCGAGAACGGCACAAAGGCUGAUUGCGCUUCGUUGGGAUUCGCCCAGUGUUACCUCGCGUUCAACGGCUACGGCGGCCGAACUUGCGACACCCUCACUCGGGAUACGUGCGCCGCUUUCGAAACUGCUGGCGUCGAUGGCGCUUACUCUUCGCCGCAACAAUUCUACACUCUUUGGAACAUUUACGCCAUCUCUCAGUUUUUCAACCAAUUCUCCGAGGCUCUUUGGAACGGUCACUCCCUCGCUGCAGACACAAUCGGGGACAUCGUUGCCACCGUCUCCCCCUCUACCGAUCCUCAAGUUCCGAGCAGCUUGUUGUGGACUGCGAUUUCAGGCGGAUUUUGGAUGGCCGCAGUUGGCGCAUUUGCCAACCCCCUCCUGGCCGGAAUUGCCACGGGGAUGGCUGUCGUAACAGGAAUGAGCUCCUCUUUCAUGACUUCUGUAGCAGGCUCUUCCAACUCGCGCUUUAUCACGCUGGGCCAAAUCGGCAGCAGUCUCGCUCAGCUCAUCAUUGACUACCAAGGUAGUCUUGAGAACGCCUUGAAGGAACUCCAAGGCAACAGCACCCUAUUCCUGGCUGCAACCGAGCCUGGUGCCUUCAGUCAGCGUGCCGUCACCAGCUUGAACCUACAGUCUACCGAGCUGUACCACGAUCUGCAACUCUACAUCCUCUCACUCUCCCUCAAGGCAAAUGGCAUCGUGUCCACCCGCUCGACUGGCGUCAACGCGCUCGACUACGCACCCGACACUAACGGCGCGGUCUCGUGCCCCGGUCUCGGUCCUGCGGGUAAUUGCUACCAGUUCUGGAUCGACCCGGACACGGGCGACUCGUACGCGCUUCACAACCCGAAUGACUGGAAGAAUGACUAUGUCGAUGCGUUGAACAAAAUCCAUGACAAGGGCUGGGCGAACCUGAGCGAGAUCUUCAAGGUGGAGGAUUGUCAGGGCAAAGACCCGAGCUUCGAUGGAAAGACCAAGGUGACUUGUCUGGCUUCGCACGGCUUCUGCGAGUGGGACUACGUCAACCAAGACACCGUCACCAAGUCCAGAACGGCUGACAAGCAAUUCACCAACUGCGACAAUGAUCAUACGUGGGGUUACACUUGUGACUGGAUGAAUGGUGGUCUCGUGCUGCCCGAGGCCUAUCUCGGACCUAUCUUUAAGUUCCAGGAGCCUGCGUGGUGUAGAGAGCACUAG